AUGCCAGUGUUGCCCCUGGAUGAACUCCAGCUGACAGAAAGGGACCCCAAGACAGGGAAGCUGAGAACUUUACCGGCACUGCACCCAGAAAUAAAAGCAGAUCGGUCUUUUGUGCUAUACAGACCGCCACCGGUUGUCAGAGACCCUGCUUUAGUGGAAGAAUUCUUGGAGCGAGCAAAAUUCAUUGCAGAUGACCUGAACUGGCUUCUGGCUUUGCCUCAUGACAAGUUUUGGUGCCAGGUAAUAUUUGAUGAGACGCUUCAGAAGUGCCUGGAUUCCUACCUGUGCUAUGCCCCUCGCAAGUUUGAUGCGUUGUUGGAUUGCCAUCCGGACGUGAAUGACAUGCAGAAAUGUCUUCAUCGGAGUGUCUUCCUGACUUUCCUCAGAAUGUCCACUCACAAGGAGUCCAAGCAGCAUUUUAUCACUCCCUCUGUCUUUGGAGAAAUUAUUUACAAUAACUUCCUGUUCGACAUCCCGAAGAUUCUGGAUCUCUGUGUGCUUUUUGGAAAGGGAAAUGGUCUCCUGCUCCAGAAGAUGAUUGAAAAUAUCUUCACCCAGCAACCAAGUUACUUCAGUGACCUCAACGAAACUCUGCCCACUGUCCUCCAGGUGUUCAGCAAUAUUUUGCAUAAGUGUGGCUUGCAGUGUGAAGGAGCCUCUGCUGAGCCCCAGAAGUUGGAAGAAAGAGUGAAUGUGACUCCGGGGAACAUGCCACUCCAGGAGCUGAAGGAUAUUGUGCUGUACCUAUGCGACACUUGCACGACACUGUGGGCGUUUCUUGAUGUCUUCCCAUUGGCUUGCCAGACCUUCCAAAAACAUGAGUUUUGCUACAGAUUAGCUUCGUUUUAUGAAUUGGCAAUUCCCGAGCUGGAAUCUGCAGUGAAGAAGAGGCAUUAUGAGGAUAACAGCGUUUUUGCUGAUUUGUGGAGGAGAAUUUCACACUCCAGGAAGAAGAUGAUAGAGGCUUUUCACAUCCUAAUAAACCAAGUCUGUCUGCAGCCCAUCUUAGAAAGCAGCUGUGAGAACAUUCAGCCUUUUAUUGAGGAAUUUCUACAGAUCUUCACUUCAGUGCUUCAGGAAAGGAGAUUUCUCCGUGACUAUGAUGAGCUGUUUCCUGUUGAGGAUGACAUCAGUCUGCUUCAGCAAGCGUCCUCCACUCUAGAUGAGACCAGGACGGCCUAUAUCCUCCAAGCAGUGGAAAGUGCGUGGGAAGGGGUAGACAGGAAAAAAGCACAAGUUGUUAAAGAUCCACCACCACCAGCAGCAUCUAAUGGAGCGUCAGCAAUGGUGGAGAGCACUGCUGAGGACGUGGAAGAGCUCGGGGCUGCAUAUGCAUCAGAGGAUGAGUGUGCCGGUGCAGCUGCUGCGCUCACUGUCAAGGUGUCCGGGGUGGAGCUGGACUCCCUGAUCUCUCAAGUCAAGGACCUGCUGCCAGACCUCGGGGAGGGCUUCAUCCUGGCCUGCCUGGAAGAGUACAGUUACAACGCGGAGCAAGUGAUCAACAACAUUCUAGAAGAUAAACUGGUGCCAUACUUGGAUAAGCUGGACCGAACAAUGCAAAGACAGCUGAAGCCAGACCCUACUCCUCUAGUCACUUCUCGCUAUAAUGUUUUCCAGAAUGAUGAGUUUGAUGUUUUCAGUAGGGAUUCAGUGGAUGUUUCUCGGAUACAAAAAGGCAAGCGAACGAGAGAGAAGGACACGACGAGGAGUUUGCUGAAUGACAAACGCCUGGUUGCUGAGCAGAAGGAGCGCUACAGCCAGUACAGCGUGGUCGUGGAGGAGAUUCCUGUGCAGCCAGGAGAAGCCCAGCUCUACGGGGAGGACUAUGAGGACGAGUACGAUGAUACUUAUGAUGGAAACCAAGUUGGGGCAAAUGAUGCGGACUCGGAUGAUGAGCUGAUCAGCAGGAGGCCGUUCACAAUUCCUCAGGUCUUGAGACCUAAAGGACAGGAAGGAGCCCAGGAGGAAGAGGAGGAGGAUGAAGAGGAGGAGGAGGAGGAAGCUGAAAAGGAAAGAACAAAGGACCAUUUUGUGCAGGACCCAGCUGUGCUGCGGGAGAGAGCUGAAGCCAGGCGACAGGCUUUCCUGGCGAGGAGGGGGCACAAGCACGAUGGCUCUGCUGUUGUUGGGAAUGCGAAGGGCCAUGGGCAGAACCGGGAAACGGUGCAGGAACGAAGGAAGAAGGAAGCGAACAAAAGCACAAGAGCUAACCACAACCGGCGAGUCAUGGCUGACAGAAAACGGAACAAAGGCAUGAUUCCUUCCUGA